GGAUACUCUAGCUUACAUGAUUGGGCAGCCUGUAAAAGAUAUAGAGCUGAUUCACAGGCUAAGUCAAUUAAGUCGGCCAGUCAACACCAAUAUUGACCACUCACAAAUAUCAAAUCACACACCUCAAUCUUCUUUGAAGCUUCCUCAUCUAAUAAUUGUGUGUGUAUAUAGUAAAGAAAUGUUAUAGUAUGAUGCAAUUAUCAAAUUCACUCAAUAUCAAACUUUCAAAGUUAGAAGAAAAUUAUGGCUAAGCAAGAUGAUCAACUCAACCAAUCCAACCUUUCGAUUCGACCGUUCGAUCCCACAACUGAUGUAGAUGAUCUGAUGGUAUGGGCAUCAGAUGAUCAAGUGACACAAUUUUGUAGCUGGGACACCUACACUUCUAAGGACCAAGCUGUUGAGUACAUAAACAACUUUGUCCUAAACCAUCCUUAUUAUAGGGUAAUAUGCCUUAACAAUAGGGCAGUUGGUGCUAUUUCUGUUACUUAUAACACAGGAAAUGAUAAGUGUAGGGGGGAGUUGGGGUAUGUCUUGGCAUCCGAGUAUUGGGGCCGAGGGAUCGCUACGUGGGCGGUGAAGGCGGUGGGGUGUACGAUAUUCGAGGAGCGGUCGGAGUUGGAGAGGCUAGAGGCUCUUGUGGAUGUAGAGAAUAAGGGGUCACAAAGGGUGCUAGAGAAGGCAGGGUUUUUGAAAGAGGGUGUUUUGAGAAAGUAUUGUAUUCAGAAAGGGAAGACUUGUGAUAUGGUCAUGUUUAGUUUUCUUUCUAUUGAUGUUCCCCAAAUGUAAUUGUCAUUAAUUCAACAUCAAUCAUUGUAAUUUUGUAUGUACCAACUUUAAUAAGUCUUCAUAUUUAUGAAUACAACAAUUAUUAUA